AUGGCGGCGAAGAAAUUCUGGAAUAUGGUACGAGCAAUUGUGUUGAUGCUACGUAAGGAGUUAUCAAAAGGCCGAAUCGUAAUGUCUGAUCUUCAUUUGAUGAUGAAGAGAGGCAAAUUAGCCGGAAAAGCCAUGUUCAAUCUAAUGCAUCUCCACCAAACCCCCGGUAGGCUCAGUUGCCGGACGGCUACUACCGACAUAGCUCAAUCCAUCGCCAUUGCUCCUCAGGAUUACGAGUUUAGCUGUAGCAACAGCCCUGCUUUUCCAGCGCUGCAGAUCUACGGAAAGCGCAGCGGCAAACACCACCAGAACCAGAAGUAUAACGAUGUUACCACUGUUAGCGCUGUUAAACGAGUGCUGGAGAUGCUGAACAACGAAGCGGUGCCCGCGACUGCGACGGCGGUGGAGGUUGAGGUGGCGCCACCGUCGCCUAUGGUGAAGUUUGGGAUGAGUCCGAUGGUUAGGGUAACGGACUCGCCGUUUCCGGUGAAGGAUGAGUGUGGGGACCACAAGGUGGAUGAAGCGGCGGAAGCGUUUAUUAAACGGUUUUAUAGUAAUCUGAAACAGCAGAGGAUAACGGCGGGGAUGGAAUCGCCGUCGCCGUACCACCGGAUGUGGGGCCGGUGA